GUUUUUUCUCAUGGACGCAAAGCUACAUGUACUGCAUUCCAGCAAGAAAUAUUCACGGUAUACGGUUAAAUUGAUUCAUUAGGCAUAAACCUAGCGACGAAAAGUACAUGCUGGAAACCAGUGUGUUGGGAGAUAAGAUGAGUUCCGUGAUAUGCAAAUGAGAAGAUACCAGAGGAAGAGAUGGAGACAGAAGGUGCUUCCCUGACAAAUACAACAGGUGUCUGGUCCAUAAAGGUAGAAGCUGACGAUGCUACAGAUGAACCUCAGGUGUGGUAUGUCGUCAAGCAAGAAGAUGACCAUGAGUCUGAGGAUGAAUUACGCUCUGCAGAAAGCCUUCAAGAUAACACUCCGUCACAGGGUAUGUCAGUUGAUGGAACUCUCCCACAAAAUGACUGGAAAACUGAAGAAAAAUAUACACCACAUCAGCAGCCAUCAUCAGUAGUAUGUAUGACCACGGUGGGUACAAAGACUAUGUAUGAUUCUGAAGUGGGUGCUGUGAUGCCAAGUACAGAACCUGUGACGAAUUCAGAAAGGGAUAUUAUUCCUAACAACGGCCAGUUGUCACAAAAUGUGAAGACAGAACCUAUCGAAGCAGACAUGCUAGAAUGUGGGGCAGGUACUUGUCCAGAAACGGUUGACAGUGAUGUCACAAACUUUGAGAUACAUACAACAGAAAUGCCAAAGUUUGGAUCAAGUACAGCUCAUGUAGUCUUAUCCACGCCAGACGCCUGGCACAUAGAAGAAAAUCCUUUAAUGUGCGAAAUCUGCGGGAUUGGUUUUAAGUACCCGAGCAAGUUGAGGAGGCACACGCGAAUACAUACAGGGGAAAGGCCCCACACCUGCGAUAUAUGCGGUAAAACUUUCACGGAAGCCUUCAAGUUGAAGAACCACAGGUACAGUCACCUUGACGUGAAGCCCUAUACGUGCGAGGUCUGCGGAAAGGGCUUCUCAUACUCGUCAAACCUAUACCACCACAAGGUGAUCCAUUCCGAAGAGAGGAGCUUCUCGUGCGACAUUUGUGGGAAGAGCUUCAAGCUGAUGUUAACCCUGAAGAGACACAGAGGGAUCCACACGGGCGAGAAACCGCACGUAUGCAAAGUGUGCAACAAGAGUUUCACGCAGACUUCUCAGUUGAAAAACCACAUCAGGAUUCACACGUGUGAGAAACCUUUUUUCUGCGAGAUCUGCUGUCAGACUUUCACAAAUUCCUACUCGCUGAAUAACCACAAAAGGAAACACAAAAGAAAAAAACGACAAGAAGAGGAUGUAAGACGACUGGGGGAGGCCGGGCAAGGAAUAAAUGCUGAGCGACAAGCGGUGAAAGUGUCCGACUUGACGGAUAAAGUAGCGUCAUGUUCGAGUCAUGUGCGCGCGAAAUGUCAAACAAUUCUGAGUCUGCUUCUGAGUGACAGUGCAUCCAAUCUGAGUCAAAAAGGCAAGGUUGCUUCUUGAUUUCGCCUUGGAGUGAUACUGUUGUCGUACAAUAACACUGGAAUAUGUAAGACACCGUGGGUUUGAAAUGACAUGGGAGUUUGGCCCCAUUACAGAAAUGCAAAGCUUUCAUGCACCGUGCCAGGAGAAGUUCAGCUUUAUGGCCGAGGUUGGUUCGACUUGCUGGAUUCAGAAGCUUAAAUGUCUAGAUUUCAUUAACUCUUGGCUUACCAAUGCUGACUGUGACCUUAUACACUUCAGAUGACUUAGGGAAUCAGUCGAUACCAAAUAUAAAAACGGGUUCGAGCUGUUACUUUUGGUCAUUUUGUUCGCGUGGGCCUAGAUUACACGUAAGCUAGAUGCGGCGUUAUCGUAGCGUUCCAGCCAGCUUUGAACCAUGUGGAACACACCUAUGGAAAUCCUGAUACUGGUUAUAUGAGAUUUGAGAUAUCUUUCAAAAUGUUCUAGUAUUUAACACGAUUAAAGUCCUUCUGUGACUUCAGUUUAGAAAGUAUAUUACAUGAGUUAUAUUGACCUGUUACGGUAUUCUUGUCAUUGGUCAUGUUGUGGAUUUACACUCAACAAAACUAUAAACGCACGAAGAAGUUUUUAUUCUCUCAGUACUAAGUAACGUGUGAACUCAACAAUUACAUUGAGUAUUAAUUUGAAAUAGGGCCAGUUGAUUUUUGGAA